UGGUGCAUAGAGGCUGAGCAUAAUUCAGAGAGUCGUUAUUCACUCUCACAAUGUCUUCUCUUUCUUCAAUUCCUCUCUCACUCUCCAUCGUUUCCUCAUCUUCAUCUUCAUCUAAAGGAACAGGAGGUAAACCCAACUCAAAGUCACUGAAGCUUAGAGAGGACUGGAGACAACGCUCCAAACCCAUUCCUCCUGGUGGCACUUACCCAGCUAAAGACCAUUGCAGUCGUUGCGGGUUGUGUGACACCUAUUACAUUGCCCAUGUCAAGGAAGCCUGUGCUUUUUUGGGAGAUGGGAUGUCCAAGAUUGAAGGUUUGGAACCUGUAGUUCAUGGUAGAGGGAGAAAGCCAGACUCUUUAGAUGAAAUGCACUUGGGUGUCUAUGAGGAGUUGUUGUACGCCCGUAAGGUCAAGCCUGUUGAAGGUGCUCAGUGGACGGGGAUAGUAACAACUAUUGCAAUAGAAAUGCUAAAAUCAGGCAUGGUAGAAGCUGUCAUAUGUGUACAGAGUGACCCAGAGGACAGAUUUUCUCCAAGGCCUGUAUUAGCAAGGACACCGGAAGAAGUUCUAGCUGCUAAAGGUGUCAAGCCGACAUUAUCACCUAAUCUUAAUACCCUUGCCCUAGUUGAGGCUGCAGGUGUAAAGAAACUUCUAUUCUGUGGUGUGGGUUGCCAGGUGCAAGCAUUAAGGUCUGUGGAGCACCAUCUGAAUUUGGAGAAGCUGUAUGUGUUGGGCACAAAUUGCGUGGAUAAUGGGACUCGUGAAGGGCUUGAUAAGUUUCUAAAGGCUGCCAGUAGUGAACCAGAGACGGUUCUUCAUUAUGAGUUUAUGCAAGAUUACAAGGUUCACUUGAAGCAUUUGGAUGGUCAUAUUGAAGAGGUUCCUUAUUUCUCCCUGCCAGCAAAUGAUUUAGUUGAUGUAAUUGCUCCUUCUUGUUAUAGCUGCUUUGACUACACAAAUGCUUUGGCGGAUUUAGUGGUUGGAUACAUGGGUGUGCCAAAAUAUUCUGGAAUCAGCAUGACACAACAUCCUCAGUAUGUUACGGUAAGAAAUGAACGUGGAAGAGAGAUGCUCAGUCUGGUUGAAAAACAUUUGGAGAUUACUCCUACGACUAGUAGUGGUGAUCGCAGACCAUUUGUAUUGGAGACGGUUAAGGCGGAUGAUACGGCUAAGAUGGGGAGGGGUCCUGAUCCUGCACCAAAGUUCGUUGGCAAUUUGAUUGCUUUCUUGCUAAACUUGGUUGGUCCCAAGGGGCUGGAGUUUGCUCGAUAUUCACUUGAUUACCAUACCAUCCGGAACUAUCUGCAUAUUAACCGAACAUGGGGAAAAGAAAGAGCUGGUCGACAUAUGCCUUCGUAUGCAAAGAAAAUUGUGGAUAGUUACAACAAGAAUGGUGAAAUUGAUAAGAUGCUUUCGGCCAAGUGAUUGAAUUAGCUGGUGAAAUGCAGAAGGGGAACUUCAGUGUACAUUAAAGUUUUUAUUCUAUCCGAUCUUUGUAUAUAACAAUCAUGUAGUGAUAAAAAGUUUUUGUUCUUUUUAUAUCUGAAACAUGAAACAUUCAGAGCUGGUCGACAUAUGCCUUCGUAUGCAAAGAAAAUUGUGGAUAGUUACAACAAGAAAUUGAUAAGAUGCUUUCGGCCAAGUGAUUGAAUUAGCUGGUGAAAUGCAGAAGGGGAACUUCAGUGUACAUUAAAGUUUUUAUUCUAUCCGAUCUUUGUAUAUAACAAUCAUGUAGUGAUAAUAUGCUUUAGCUUGAACAAUUCUUCCUUUCCACUCAGGUUGUUGUAUGUGUUUGCUAGGAUUUUGGUCAUUGAUUUCCCCAGCGAAGAAUUGUAAUGUUGAGAUCAAUUUGAUCAUGCGAACCAGUCUUUACCUCCAGUCAUUGUUUUUACUUUUUAGUUUUUACACAUUUCUGCUCCAAUUGCUGGGAACUAUUAGAUAUGUAAUCUGUAGGUACAGUUUCUGUAAUGCCACAUUUUGCGGUUUGAGACUACAUUUUGUAAAAUCACAGACAAUUGAAAUGCUGUACUGAUAUUUACUUCGA